GCGCAAGGACGGCAUUUCCGGGUACGACAUGUCAUAUAAAUAGGCUGGUCUACUCCUCGGCCGUCUGCAGAAUUUAUACUAAACCAAUGAUUCCCAUAUGUCCAGUAGUGUCCUUCACCUAUGUGCCCAGCCGGCUUGGUGAAGAUGCCAAAAUGGCUACCGGCAAUUACUUUGGAUUUACCCAUGGCGCUGCCGCCCAGUACAGUCAGCAGCCAGCUGCCGGGGUAGCAUACACACAUCCCACCACAGUGGCAAGUUACACAGUUCAUCAAGCACCUGUGGCAGCACACACUGUGGCGGCGGCCUAUGCUCCCACUGCAGCCACAGUUGCCGUAGCUAGGCCUGCCCCUGUCGCUGUAGCAGCUGCUACUGCUGCAGCUUAUGGAGGAUACCAGCCAACCCACGCUGCCACGGACUACGGCUACCCUCAGCGCCAGCCUGAAGUCCCUCCACCACCACCACCGGUCACCUCGCAAAACUACCAGGACUCCUACUCCUAUGUCCGAUCCACAGCUCCUGCUGUAGCUUAUGACAGUAAGCAGUACUACCAACAGCCCGCUGCUACAGCAGCGGUCGCUGCUGCACAGCCACAACCCAGCGUGGCUGAUUCCUACUACCAGACAGCUCCCAAACCAGGAUACAGUCAGGGGGUAACAUCAUACACUCAGAGCCAGCAAACUCGACAGGUGACUGUCAUAAAGCCAGCUGCUCCCAGUCCAGCCUCAUCCACUUUCUCCAUCUACCCAGUGACCUCCACUGUCCAGCCUGUGGCUGCUGCUGCCUCUGUGGUCCCUUCUUACUCCCAAAGCCCAACCUACAGCACAAAUGCUGUCACAUACUCUGGUACCUCAUACUCAGGCUAUGAGGCAGCAGUUUACUCUGCAGCCUCCAGCUAUUACCAGCAACAACAGCAACAGAAGCAAGCAGUGGCCGCUGUAGCAGCAACAGCAGCGUGGACGGGGAACACUUUCACCAAGAAACCCCCCUUUCAGAGUAAGCAGCUUCGGCCCAAGCAACCACCCAAACCCCCUCAGAUCCACUAUUGUGAUGUCUGUAAGAUCAGCUGUGCUGGCCCGCAGACUUACAAGGAGCAUCUGGAAGGCCAGAAGCACAAGAAGAAGGAAGCAGCUCUGAAGGUUUCUCAGAGCAGCACCAGCAGCGGUAGUGGUGGAGGGGUAUUGGCCCGCAAUGCUCAAAACCAGCUUCGCUGUGAACUUUGCGAUGUCUCCUGCACUGGUGCUGAUGCCUAUGCCGCACAUAUCCGUGGAGCCAAGCACCAGAAGGUUGUGAAACUUCAUACCAAACUUGGUAAACCUAUUCCCUCUACUGAGCCCAGUAUGGUCUCUCAGACAUCGUCCUCCACCACAGCUGCCCCCAGCAAAACCACCACAGCUACCCUGAGCAGUUCCAGCACCACCAGCUCUCUGUGUGGGAAUGCCUCCUCCUCCCCUGCUACCAGCUCCACCCCCCCCUACCUGAAACCUGUCAACAUAGUCAGCAGUGGUAUGGCAGGUGUCAAGAACCCAGUAGCCAACAACCUCUCUGCUGCCAACUCUGCCUCAGCUGGAAAAAAAGGCAACACCCCCAAGAUCAAUUUUGUUGGUGGAAAUAAAUUACAGACCACAGUGAAGAUGGAAGAGGCUAAAGUGGAGACUUCUAAGCCUGCGAUGUCUCAUGACACCAAGACUGAAGUUUCAGAUGCCCUGUCCACAUCAGCCUUGGCUGCACUGCAAAAUGACGUCCAGCCGGUUGGUCAUGACUAUGUUGAGGAGGUUCGAAACGAUGAAGGCAAAGUAAUCCGCUUCCACUGUAAGCUGUGUGAAUGUAGUUUCAACGAUCCAAAUGCAAAGGAAAUGCAUCUAAAAGGUCGCAGACAUCGUCUGCAAUACAAGAAGAAGGUGAACCCAGAUCUGCAGGUGGAGGUCAAGCCAAGCAUCCGAGCAAGAAAGAUCCAGGAAGAGAAGAUGAGAAAGCAGAUGCAGAAAGAGGAGUACUGGAGAAGGAGAGAGGAGGAGGAGCGCUGGAGAAUGGAGAUGCGGCGUUAUGAAGAAGACAUGUACUGGAGACGUAUGGAAGAGGAGCAGCAUCACUGGGAUGACCGACGCCGUAUACCAGACGGAGGGUAUCCACAGGGGCCUAUGGGCCCUCCUGGUCUACUAGGAGUCCGGCCGGGGAUGCCUGGCUUGCAGCCCCAGGGUCCUGUGCCUCCACGUCGGCCUGAUUCUUCAGAUGACCGCUAUGUAAUGACCAAGCAUGCAGCCAUCUACCCCUCAGAAGAUGAGCUCCAGUCUAUCCAGAAAAUCGUGUCCAUCACAGAACGUGCCCUCAAACUGGUCUCAGAUAUAAUUACAGACCAGGACAAGGCCAAGGACGAGGACAAAGAGGAGAAAGAACCCUCUAAAGACAGAGCCCUGAAGGGAGUGAUGAGGGUUGGAGUACUGGCCAAAGGCUUGCUGCUUCGUGGGGACAAGAAUGUCAACCUAGUCCUGCUCUGCUGUGAGAAGCCCACCAAGGGCCUCCUCACCCGCAUUGUGGAGCACCUCCCCAAACAACUAACAAUGGUAACACCAGAAAAAUAUGAGGUCAGUGGAUCUAUCCAGGAGGCAGCUAUCAUUCUGACAUCCUGUACCGAGCCAAAGAUGCAAGUGACAAUCACGCUGACUUCACCUGUCAUCAGAGAGGAAAAUGGCCGGGAUGGAGAUGUAACCUCGGGUAUGGUGAAAGACCCAGCGGACGUCUUGGACAGGCAAAAAUGCCUUGACGCUCUGGCUGCUCUGCGCCACGCUAAGUGGUUCCAGGCUAGAGCCAAUGGACUUCAGUCCUGUGUGAUCAUCAUCCGAAUCCUGAGGGAUCUCUGUCAGCGAGUUCCUACUUGGCUGCCCUUCCCAGGAUGGGCCAUGGAGCUGCUAGUUGAGAAGGCCAUCAGUAGCGCCUCUGCCCCCCUCAGCCCUGGUGAUGCACUAAGACGCGUCUUUGAAUGUAUUUCUUCUGGGAUUUUACUUCCUGGUGGACCAGGUUUGGUAGAUCCUUGUGAAAAGAAGCCUGUUGAUACUCUAACAUCUAUGGGAGAGCAACAGAGAGAGGACAUUACCUCGAGUGCCCAGUUUGCUCUGAGGCUUCUGGCAUUCCGUCAGAUCCAUAAAGUUUUGGGUAUGGACCCCCUGCCACAGAUAAACCCUCGUUUCAACAUCCGCAACAGCCGUAAGCGUCGCCGUGACACCAGUGAUGGGACAGACAGCUUCGAGGGUGAAGGCAAAAAGGACAAGAAAGAUUAUGAUAGUUUCUAAACUUCUCUAUAAUUAAUAUAAUCUCCAUUCAAAAAUUUACUAACAUGUUGUAUGCGCUGUCUCCUGUGUACUGUUGUUUUUUCCCUUUCUAAGCUUCACAUGUACCAGUGUAACUGCAGCUUCACUCUGCUCUGUAUUACACAAACUCAAAUGUCAAUUUGUGUACUGUUUUAGGUGUAGAUUUCUUAAAAUUGGGUUUCAGUCCUCUGUACUAGAAAAGGUAGUUUUUUACCCGAUGUGCUUCUUGAAUAGAAGUGUUAAUGACAGUGGCUCUGCCAGCUUCUGCUGCUGCUCCCUCUCAACUGUGUCUCUUUGAUUUGAAUUUGUGAGGAAAGAGAUUAUAGAAUCAAAAAGACUUUUCCAUUAUGUGGAUCAGCACUGCUAAGUGUAUGCCUUUAUUCAUCUAUAUAGUUGCAUUCAGAGGGGGACUGUGUUGUUACCAUUGUAAAGCAUUCAUUUGGCCAAAUUAAUCUUGAAAGUUUUUCUUUUGAAUAUGAAUUCCUGUGCUUCGUGCAAGUGAUGUUUGAUGUGGUCUUGUUAUGUUUCAAUGGUAGGCUCCACUUAAGAUAAAAAAAAAAAUCUACAGGGCAUUGCACAAAGAUUCAGAAGAACCUAAACUGUUGAUAGAUCUUUGUUAGUAGCAAAGUUGUCAGCCCUUAGUGUGAUUUUAUGUCUUUUCAUUUUAUAUAUAUGGAAGUAUUUGUAUAAUCUUCAAAUAGAUCAAACGGCUUUGGUUUGUGGAAAACAUGACCAUGUUGACAUUGCUUACUGUUUUGGCUUUUAAAAUGUAGUUUUUCUUGUUAAUAUGAAACUUAAUUGGCUUGCUUGCCUUUUAACUUGGAUAGGUGCUAAAUUAAGUUCAAUACUGAAAAUGAUGAUAGAACCCCUGACUGGGAAUGGGAGGAAUGGUAAUAUAAUUGCCCUUCAGUGUAGGUCCUGCUGUGAAUGAUUGCUGUGCUCUGCAUUCUGUUUAAAUGUCAGUAGCAGAAUAAAUACAUUUCCAAAUUAAA